AUGGGCUCUGUCAUGCAGCUAUUUUCUUUGCAAGGCCAGACUGCUUUGGUCACCGGCGGUACGCGAGGAAUUGGCCAGGCAAUGACGCUUGCACUCGCAGAAGCUGGGGCUGAUAUAGUACUUGUGCAGAGAGAUGCCUCGAAUACAGCCGUCAAAGAGCAAAUAGAGCGGCUAGGGCGAAAGUGCGAAAUCUUCGCGUGUGAUCUCUCAGACAGCGAAGCCGUUGGUUCGCUCACCGGCCGAAUCGUAUCUAAUGGACACAAGAUUCAUAUCCUCCUCAACUGCGCUGGCAUCCAGUCGCGCCACCCGUCUCACUGCUUUCCUACGGAGGACUGGAAUCAUGUGUUGCAAGUCAAUCUCUCGACCGUCUUCACGCUCUGCCGCGACGUAGGUGCACACAUGCUGGCCCGUUCCCCGGACGCACACGGCCGCCGGGGAACGAUCAUCAAUGUAGCGUCGCUAUUGUCAUUCCAGGGUGGAUUCACGGUACCAGCAUACGCAGCAAGUAAGGGGGGAGUGGCACAGCUUACCAAGGCGCUGAGCAAUGAAUGGGCAAGCAAAGGCAUCAAUGUCAACGCAAUAGCGCCAGGAUACAUCGCAACAGAGAUGAACACGGCAUUGAUAAAUGAUGAGAAGAGGGCGAAAAGCAUCCUGGAGAGAAUUCCAGCAGGGAGAUGGGGGGAUCCGGAGGACUUCAAAGGCGUAGUUGUGUGGUUGGCAAGUCGAGCGAGUGGAUAUGUCAGCGGGGAGAUUGUUACCGUGGACGGAGGAUGGAUGGGUAGGUGA